GUGUGUAUGUAUAUAUGUAUAUGUGCGGUGUGUGUGUUAUGUUGUGGCUCUCACCGGUAACCUGGUGUCCGUGUUUGACGUUGCUAACCUUUACAAUCACUACGGGAACGGAAACACCUUUCAGAAACCUGAUUCUAAGACUUUGGGGAGUGGAGGAAAAAGAACCUUUUAGUUACAAAAACCAAGAUAAAAUUGGAUCUUUUGCAUUUAUUUUGCUCCAAGAGCUUACAGCUAAAUCAAGGACAUCCCAAACCCGUGAUGCUAAAGCAGGAGGUACACAAUGAUCCCGCGUCAGGACGUCUGAUUGAGGAGGAUGGGUCCUGAUGUCCCUCUGCUAAAUAAUUACAAACAAGAAUUCUUCUGGAAGCGUUUUCCGCAGACGGUUCUCGGGGGUCCUCGCUUCAAAUUGGGGUACAGCGCCCCUCCGUACGUUUACAUUAACCAGGUCAUCCUAUUUCUCACGCCAUGGCUCUUGGGAGGAUUGGGCACGGUGCUGUACGAGCUCCGCGUCCUGGAGGACUAUUACGCGGCCGCGCUCUCGGGGGGAUCGAUGCUGAUCGCGGCGUUCACCGUCCAACUUCUCAAUCUAUAUGCAAGGCGCAAGACGUCAACCGUGGAAAGACUGCAGACCCGAAGCCCCCUCACCGAUGAAGACGAGUACGACUUUUCCAGCUGUUUCGACCCAGAAACCGUGAAAUUCAUCGUCCCGGGCAAGAGGUUCGCAGCCAACCUGGUGUUCCAUUGCGUGGUGGCCGGCGUGACGUGCGGUCUGGGGACGUGGUAUCUGCUUCCCGACCGACUGCAGAAGCUCUACGGCAACGUCGGCGGAACCGUUAUGCUGUUUAUAUUCGGGUGGGUGACCGUUUGUAUCGGGGAGUAUUCUUUAAUCGUCAGCUCGGCCCCGGAGACGGCCACGUUUCAAGCCCAGGACGCGUAUGAGAUCACGGCGCUUCUCAGACCCGUGUAUAUCUUGGCUUUUGUGGCGGUUGAUCUGGCGCACAGGUUUGCGGCUGCCGCACCGGCCCUAUUAUGGGCCAAUCAGGUCCUGCACGUCGUAUUUCUGUUCUUACCCUUCCUGUGGGCUUUGGGGGUCCUGCCUCCUCUGGAUGCUCUCCUUCUUUGGGGGCUGGAACAAGCGCUGGAGUUCGUCUUGGGAGGAUCACCGAUGUCAACUAAUUUAAGAUUGCUAAUAACAUUCAUCGUAUCCUCCGGGGUAACCAUAUCCGCCUAUUUCAUUCCCAAUUCUCUGGGCUUGGUCCUGUUCGUGACCGGUUUUGGGGUCAUACUCAGCGUCGACGUGGCCGAGAUCGGCGUUUUCAUCAAGCGCCUUUUCGAGAGACGCGGACGUGCCGAGAAAUCAGACGCUUCCCCCGAUUCCUUCCGCCGGCCGACGAGUUGGAAGGAGCCUCUCUUUUACGUCGCGGUUCUGAUUCUAGCUCUCUCGGAAGCCGGCCUGAUACAUUAUUUCUGCUUUUCCGCCUAUUCGUUACGAAGCCCGCAGGCCGCUGUGGGGUAUUGUCUGAUGGUCAUUUUAGUUUUUCUCUGGGUUCUCGGAGAGAUUCAGGGUGCUUAUCUCCUGGGGAUCGUAAGGAAUCCCUUCUUCCAGAACGACAUCCGGACUUUAAACGUGUUCAUGAAGAAACAGGGCAGGUUGCAGAAAGCCGCGGCCGCCAGGAGGAUUUUACUCACUCUGGUGUCUCCUUUCGCUAUGGUAGCGUAUCUCUCGCUGGAUACUUCAUUGUACAAUCUCCAUUCGGUAUCCGUUUCCGUCGGAAUCACCAGAGCCUACAGAACGAUCUGGCAGAAUACAGAGAACGCCGUGGUCGAGAUGGCGGCCGUGUCCAUAAUUCAGUGUCUGGUGUUUAACACAAACCUAUGGUGGAACACGAACCUGGAUACAGGAAUCCGACUUCUCCUGGUUGGGAUUAUACGCGACAGACUGUGCCAGUUGGUGCCAAAGCUUCAGUUUGCCGUCACCGUCCUCCUGACCUCUUGGACGGAGAAAAAACAGCGGCGUAAAUCAACGACUAGUUUGAUCACCAUGAACGUCGUGUUGUUCCCGCUGGUGCUGGCCUUUGUGGUGGUCUCUGCCGCGCUGUCCUCGCCGUUACUCGCGCUCUUCACCCUCCCGGUGUUUCUGGUGGGAUUCCCCAGGCCUGUUCGGAGCUGGCCGGGGGCUGUUGGUGCCGCAGCCUGCGUCUGCCCCGACACCGUGUACUACGAACAAAUGGUCCCGGGUUUAGCCGCUGCCUUGCAGUCCGCAUUCGCCUCGGGUAGUUUAGGUCUGGUUAAAGCUGGAUCCCACUAUCUGUGCCGUUUUCAGGAUCGGCUGAUAUGGGUGCUCGUCCUGGAAAGAGGGUAUACGUAUUGCUGCAUUAAUGUCAAGGGACUGGAGUUGCAGGAGACCUCCUGCCACACGGCUGAGGCUCGGAGAGUAGACGAAGUCUUUGAAAUGGCGUUCGAACAAGCGGACAACAUGGGCCGACUUGCCAUGAACCACCACUUCGGGAACAUCUUGAUGCCGUGCACCGUUGUUCCGGUUAGGGUGUAUUCCGACGCUAGGAACAUACUGUCCGGAAUCAUUGAUUCCCAUGAUAAUUUAAAGCAAUUCAAAGAUGAUUUCGUCAAAGUUCUUUUGUGGGUGCUCAUACAGUCCUGUUACAAAAAGUCUAAAGCACAAAGAGGGUCAACGGCGGAGCAAAAUGAGGACCACCACCUCCCCUUACCAGACAAGCACAGCGCAAGGAAGGGGUCCCGCACUGCCGACCAGAACGACGACGAAGAGGAUGGUGAAAGCCUCCAGGAAGGCGGCUUCGAUGAAUGGUCCGACGACGAUAUCUUUGAUAUUCUUCCACAAGCCAAGAAAACUGGAGUUAAGACGAUUGUGACUUCGGCCGGCGAUGGGAUGUCCAUCCCAGGCUGCGUCCAAACCCACCACGUAGAGAGCUACAUCGAGCAAGACGUAGCCGUCGACAAACUAUAUUCCGUGGUGGGAUUCGGUCUUCCUGCAACCGACAAGGGACAGCAAACCCGCGUGGAACGUCUUAGUAUGGUGCCAUUCAACAGUUCCUACUCAAAGUUUCUCAGCGUGCCUCGAGACUGGAUCUUGGUGUCCUUAUCUAAUUUAAGGACGGGUGAGAUGAGGCAGAUGUUUCCCACGGACUGGUACGAGUUUGUCCUGUCUCGGCUUGAUCUCCAUCACCUGGAGGAGAAGCCUUCAGUGGCGCGCGAGGAAAUGACCAAAGACGAGCCGCUGAGAGACCUUUACGUUAAAGCAGCGGCGUCCGUGUUCUUUGCCUUGUUCGGGACGGAUAAUUCCACCCCUAGCGCCGCGUGGCUGUUUAGGGCAUACCUAGGCGGCAUCCCGUGGUCUAUCUCCAUGGACUGGUUAACCGGGAAACCGGAAUUAUUUCAACUCGCGCUCAAAGCUUUCAGGUACACGUUUAAGCUAAUGGUUGAUAAGGCAAGUCUGGGUCCGGUAGAAGACUUCAAGGAGCUCAUCAAUUACUUCGAGGAGUAUGAGAACGACUGGUACAUUGGCUUAGUAUCGGACGUCGAGUGGCAGCAGGCUGUCUUACGGGAGAAGCCGUACCUUUUUUCUCUCGGUCACGACCCAAGUAUGGGAGUGUACACCGGCAGAGUCCUCUCUCUUCAGGAUCAGCUGGUCCAGGUCGGGAAGCUGAAUGCGGAAGCCGUCCGCGGGCAGUGGGCGAAUCUCUCGUGGGAACUCCUAUACGCUACGAACGACGACGAAGAACGCUACAGCAUCCAGGCUCACCCGGUGCUUUUACGAAACCUGACCGUGCAAGCGGCAGACCCUCCUCUGGGGUACCCGAUUUACUCCUCCGGACCGAUCCACGUGCCUUCCUAUUAACCCUUCUGUUUCUGCACGUUCAGUGGGGGGAAACACCAAAUUCUUGGACUUCCGCAACAGUAGAUGCUAAUUAUGGCCGAAAACAAUCAAAAACUCAUUUUUUUAAAGCCAAUAAAUUGCCUGUACAUAAUCCUUACGAUAAUGGUUACCGUUAGCGCUACCUUUGAGUUGUAUUUUUACCCGAUACUGUAGCAAUUGGACAGUUAUUUAUCAAACCGGCCGUCGCUCUCUCUAUAAAUGUGUUCACGGAACCCCGAUUCACGCGUGACCACGUUUUAUAGACUGUAUUAUAUUUCUUUUUAUAAACUAUUCCCGUUUUGUAUAUUAAAGUCCGGUCAAUUUUUGUA